GUCCCCCUUCUCCCCUCCCUCAAGGUGAACUUCACAGUAGACCAGAUACGGGCCAUCAUGGACAAAAAGGCCAACAUCAGGAACAUGUCCGUGAUCGCCCACGUGGACCACGGCAAGUCCACGCUGACGGAUUCCCUGGUGUGCAAGGCCGGGAUCAUCGCCUCGGCUCGGGCCGGCGAGACCCGGUUCACUGACACCCGCAAGGACGAGCAGGAGCGGUGCAUCACCAUCAAAUCCACAGCCAUUUCUCUCUUCUAUGAGCUCUCUGAGAACGACUUGGCCUUCAUCAAGCAGAGCAAGGAUGGUUCUGGUUUCUUGAUCAACCUCAUUGACUCCCCUGGGCACGUGGACUUCUCCUCAGAGGUCACUGCAGCUCUGCGAGUCACUGACGGUGCCCUGGUCGUCGUGGACUGUGUCUCUGGCGUGUGCGUGCAGACAGAGACCGUGCUGCGUCAGGCCAUCGCCGAGAGGAUCAAGCCCGUGCUGAUGAUGAACAAGAUGGACAGAGCGCUGCUGGAGCUGCAGCUGGAGCCAGAGGAGCUGUACCAGACCUUCCAGCGCAUCGUGGAGAACGUCAACGUCAUCAUCUCCACCUACGGAGAGGGAGAGAGCGGCCCCAUGGGCAACAUCAUGAUUGACCCGGUGCUCGGGACCGUGGGCUUCGGCUCGGGCCUGCACGGCUGGGCCUUCACCCUGAAGCAGUUUGCUGAGAUGUACGUGGCAAAGUUUGCUGCCAAGGGAGAUGCCCAGCUCAGCCCAGCUGAGCGUGCCAAGAAAGUCGAGGACAUGAUGAAGAAGCUGUGGGGAGACAGGUACUUUGACCCGGCUACUGGCAAAUUCAGCAAAUCUGCCACCAGCCCUGAUGGAAAGAAACUGCCCAGGACCUUCUGCCAGCUCAUCCUUGACCCCAUCUUCAAGGUUUUCGAUGCAAUCAUGAACUUCAAGAAGGAAGAGGCUGCUAAACUGAUUGAGAAACUGGACAUCAAGCUGGACAGUGAGGACAAGGACAAGGAGGGCAAACCCCUGCUGAAGGCCGUGAUGAGGCGGUGGCUGCCAGCUGGAGAUGCCCUGCUGCAGAUGAUCACCAUCCACCUGCCUUCCCCCGUCACAGCCCAGAAGUAUCGCUGCGAGCUGCUCUACGAGGGCCCCCCUGACGAUGAGGCUGCCAUAGGCAUUAAGAACUGUGACCCCAAAGGCCCCCUGAUGAUGUACAUCUCCAAAAUGGUGCCAACCUCUGACAAGGGACGAUUCUACGCUUUUGGCCGUGUCUUCUCUGGUCUCGUCUCUACUGGCUUGAAAGUCAGAAUCAUGGGACCAAACUACACCCCUGGCAAGAAGGAGGAUCUGUACCUGAAGCCAAUUCAAAGGACCAUUCUCAUGAUGGGCCGCUACGUGGAGCCCAUCGAGGACGUGCCUUGUGGGAACAUCGUGGGGCUGGUUGGUGUGGACCAGUUCCUGGUGAAGACUGGAACCAUCACCACCUUCGAGCACGCCCACAACAUGAGGGUGAUGAAGUUCAGCGUCAGCCCCGUGGUGCGCGUGGCCGUGGAGGCCAAGAACCCGGCCGACCUGCCCAAGCUGGUGGAGGGGCUGAAGCGCCUGGCCAAGUCUGACCCCAUGGUGCAGUGCAUCAUUGAGGAGUCUGGGGAGCACAUCAUCGCUGGCGCUGGGGAGCUGCACCUGGAGAUCUGCCUGAAGGACCUGGAGGAGGACCACGCCUGCAUCCCCAUUAAGGUAGAGAGGCUGAGUACGGCGCGGCGCUGCCUCUACGCGUGCGUGCUGACCGCCCAGCCCCGCCUCAUGGAGCCCAUCUACCUGGUGGAGAUCCAGUGCCCGGAGCAGGUGGUGGGAGGCAUCUAUGGAGUGCUGAACAGGAAACGUGGCCACGUGUUUGAGGAGACCCAGGUGGCCGGGACCCCCAUGUUCGUGGUCAAGGCCUACCUGCCUGUCAACGAGUCCUUCGGUUUCACAGCAGAUCUGAGGUCCAACACGGGUGGCCAGGCCUUCCCCCAGUGUGUCUUUGACCACUGGCAGAUCCUGCCCGGGGACCCCUUCGACAGCGCCACCAGACCAGCCCAGGUGGUGGCCGAGACCCGCAAGCGCAAAGGGCUCAAGGAAGGAAUCCCUGCCCUCGACAACUUCCUGGACAAACUCUAAUGACACUCAUGGAACUCUGGGAGAGCAGGAAAAAUUUAAUUAAUUAGCGUUAUCACCCAUGCCGCCAGGGGCUAGACGCCUGUGACCACCAUCUUGUUAAUUAAAUGGGUUUCAUAGCGAUUUUGAGAACUUCAAAUGAGGAAAACAAACAAAAAGAAAAAAAAAAGCCUUAUAGGUUUCUGUGUUGCACAUGACUCAUCUUUGCCAUUGUAACUAAAACAUUUCCACUAGAUCUGCCCAAUUCUGUAUUUAUUUGACUCAAAAAAAAAAAAAAUACUGCUGCAGAAUGGCCUGGAAGGGAGUGGGGCGUGCUUAAAGAGGACAAGGAAAAUGGGGGGAAAGAGAGAGGGGGUGAGGAUGCCUUAUCUGCAGCCUGACUGUCCGUCGUGCCCAUCGCCGCCUGUAUUAGUGCCACUGGAAUUAAUAAAAUUGGAUAAAUGGUGACGAAAA